CCGUCUAUUAGAGCAAUUAAUGGCUGAGUAGGACAUGUUCACAAUGCAAUGUUUCUGGUAUCUGCUCACCAUCAUGGCGGCCACUCAGCGCAGGGCAUACUACGGAAGUGGAUAAAGAGUUCUCAGAUCCAUUUAAUUCAAGUGUCCUUGGUCACAAGGUUCCUGUAUUGACUGCUUGCUGAGUUGCUUGCUGUAAUCUUUUUGGCCUUUUUGACGUUCCGUACUUGACAGAUUUGGCGCGAGCCUCAACACUUCCUGUUUUCUCAUUUAGACCUCCCUCAGGGACGCUCGUAUGUGGAAACAUGGCUCUCAACUUUCAAACUUCGACACUUUGUUUGACUCUGCCAAUAUCGUGUCAGAUAUGCCUCGGAAAGGUCAGACAGCCGGUUAUAUGUGGCAACCACCACGUGUUCUGUUCAUCCUGCAUGGAAAUGUGGUUAAAGAAAGCAAGCCAGUGUCCUACAUGCAGAGUCCCAAUAACAGCAGAGAACCCCUGCAGAGAAAUUAUAGGAGGCACAAAUGAGAGCGAUCACACUGAGAGCCCCUCUGUGAGAAAAUGUCUCAGGAAAACAAGGGGAGAGCUCCUUCUUCGCGAAUAUGAGGAAGAAAUUGAAGGUCUCAUCAGAGAUAACGAGGACCUGAAAACCAAAAAUAACAGUCUGGAGCUGCAAUUGAGAACAGCUUUGAAUCCUUGCAGUAUUAACUGUGUGCAAGCAGAUGACAGAAGAGUGGAUCCGUCCAUCAUGGAGGAAUGGGCAAAUAGGCUGCAAACAGCCAAAGAUGUUUGUGAUAAAGUAAAAGAGGACCUGGACAAGCUUAAGGAGGCAAAUAAAACCUUAAGAUCUCAAAAUGUUGACCUGGUACAAGAGAAUAUGAGACUGAAAGCCGAGGUGGUCAGCAGAUCUCCACAAAAGUUUGGCCGCUAUACCGUUGCUGCCUUGGAAGCAAAAAUCCAGCAGUAUCAGCGAGAUGUCGAUCAACUGAAGAAGGCACUGGAACGCAGUGACCAGUACAUCGAAGACCUGGAGAGUCAGGUCAGGACGUCUGAAAAGAGAUGUGCAGAAAUGCAGGAGUUGUGUAACAAGACCAAGCCCGGACCAGAAUCUCUCAGCCAGCAACAAAAGAUCAACAUGAUGAUGAGAAGCCUGAGUGAUAACGAAAGGGACUCCAUCUGUAGCAAUCCCGAGGGAGAUGCUCUGGCAUUUUCUCGAACUCACAGUUUGAUGUUCUCCUCCUGUGCGGAUCACAAGGACUCUCACACAAAUCUCUGUGGCCUCCUCAAUAAAGGCGAGGACUUAGAUGGCACCUCCUCAGACUUCUUGCCUUCUACUCCGUCCUCUGCCUUCCGCUCCCUGACACUGAGGAGUCCUGGUGUGCGUGAGAAGAAAGUUGCGUUUAAACCUGUGGCUCACCUCAGGAGGCUCGAUUUUGAUGACUUUCCAAGUCCUGCGAAGAGCACUGCAGGGAACCAGUUCAACGGCGGGGACAAGUUCACCAAAGGUUUGCCGACUAAUACGGAGAUGGAAUCAAUAAAGCCUGUUUUUUGGGGGACUUGGAAGGGCUCAAAGUCAAAUGACCAGUCAUCUCCGGGUCCAAGCACAGAAAGCUUUGUUUCUGAUUCCAUGUCUGCAAAUGUUGGAGCUGACGAGCCUGACAGUUUCCAGAAGUCCAGUGAAGCCUCCAUGGAUGCGGCUUAUCUGGACAAGAUCUCAGAGUUGGACUCUAUGAUGCUAGAUGGCGAAAGCUCCAGUAGCCGCGGUUCUCAGGUCUCCCUGGCACCUUCCCCUGCCGCCGACUUGGACCACACUGUCGUCCCAGAAACACAAACCUGCCUCAGCGUCAUAACGCCGUACGCCACAGUGAAUAACAGUGAGGCUUCUGGAGGCCGUGUGGGAGAUUGUCCCCUAUCCCUGGCAUCAGGUGUGGGGGAGAGCAGAGUGCAUGGCUGUGUGGAACGGAAUGAAGAACUCUCUUUUGAUUUGCUAUUUGAUGCUCUGGAAGACACUAAGGCCUGUCCCUCUGGUUCUGUCAGUCCAGCGGGCCCACGCCAGGAUCGCGACACCUCCUCUCCCUCCGGUAAACCUGUGAGCACAUCAAGAGACAGACAGACACUCAACACUGGCCAGCCAACUAAAAGAAAGUCGCACAGUCCCUUUAACACAAGCAGUCCCACUAAGCUUUCAAAGCUCAUGUGAAUGUUUUAAAAACAGUUUUUCUUCUGCACUGAAAUAUGUGGCUUCAGAAUAAGAUUCUACUUUUUCGCAGUUGCAUUCUUAUCUACUGUUACAUUGUAAGAACAGAUAAAUUAUCAGCUUUUUGUAUCAACCCUGUAGGGGUUAAAUUGGACGUAUACUACAUUUUAAAUGUUUACAUUACAAAAAAAAGUUAGUCGUAGGAAAUAUUGUUAGUUUUGUGCCUCUUUUCUGUAAGUACAUUUAAUGUUUACUUCCUUGUGUGUGCUAGAAGCUGUUAAAUACACAAAAUGAUGGCCUACUGAAAAAGAUAAUAGUGUUUUAAUGAAUUAAAUGAUCUUGCAAUAAGAAUGUAUGGAACAAUUUAUUGAUUUAAUUUCUCAGCCCAGCUAGUUUUAAGUUUGACCAUUCUAGUUUUAGUUGGUUGAGAAUGGUUUGUGUUUUAAAGUCUGAAAUUAUUUUUAGGUCUCAAUUUAUUUUACAUAUGCAUCACAAUAAUCCCCCUUGCAACCAUUAAUUUGCUGUCUUGUAAUGCAGAAAAGUGGCCUCUCCUUGCCCUGCUGAAAGCUUGAUGUAUCCUUUCAUGACACACAUUAACCUCACUCAGGCACACAACAGUAAUUCAAUUGUAGCAGAAAGCACCUUAUUUAUUAUGCAAAUUUAAUGAUAUCACGUGUAUUUCACGUGCUGCUAAUCACUAACAUGAAAUUUUAAUUGGACAACCAUUGUGGUUUGAAUAAAUGAAGUGUUAAUUCAUUGGGAUUCAUUAAUUUAGGUAAAGACUGUGUACAAGGUUACACUGGAGUAUUCAAUCAAUUUGUUUGCUGCUCAACUGGAGAUGGU